AGUCAUAAUUGUUGGAUUGGGGUAUUUACAAAUGGUUCAUUCAUGUCGUCUUAAAGUGAUGUAGUGCAUUCUUCUUUAUUAUACUUAUUGUCAUACAAUUUUCAAACAGUUAAAAAAAAUUUGCCAGGUUAUUUCGCUACUACACCGAACAGCCUGCAAAACGCCAGUCAUGUCUCCACCAACAGACAUAUAGGCAGGGAUGUUAUAUUCCCAGCACAGGGAGAAGGAAUACAUGAAGAAAUCAAACCGAAACAGCCAAAAAGCCAUUAUUUAGUUCUCAUUCAAUGAGAACGCCCCGUCAGGAGUAUUCAUGUUGUGGCUCUUUAAUGAAAGUCUUUACGGUCCGUUGAGAGUUGAAUCACGUGUCACAGACGCCAGCGGUACCUUUGCGAGUUACCGGAGACUGAAGGUGUUUAUAUUGUAAACUGGUGGCAGGUCGCCCCGCUGUACCCCUAUUACACCUUUGGACGUAUAUAAGGGAAAGCAAGAUGACAGACCGCUGAACGCACAGAGAAGAUGCUGGCCGUGAGUUUUCUCUUGCUGGUAACGGUUGCCGGUGAGGCUGCGGCUGACCUUUACUUGACAGAAUCGCUGCCUCCAGAGCUAGCCCUCAGUGCGCUGCCGGUGACUACCCCGACUGCUCACCAUCAGUCAGAGUACAAUCAGCCCGCGAGUGCGAGGUCUGUCAGGUCUGCCGAAGAACCAGCAACCACCACUGACAACGGGGAGUCGUCUCAUCACGGAGGAGGUUAUAAGAUAGUACAAUGGGAAUGGAGUUAUGUGCAGACACCUUACACCAUCGCCAUGUGGCUUCUUGUGGCCAGUUUUGCAAAAAUACUGUUCCACUUCUCCCAGCGCUUCACCACCGUGGUACCCGAGAGCUGCAUCCUCAUCCUCAUCGGCCUGACGCUGGGUGGCGUGGUCCUCAUCACCAACAAGGUGCCGCUCUACCAGCUCGACCCGGGCCUGUUCUUCCUCUUUCUGCUGCCCACCAUCGUGGGAGAUGCCGGCUACUUCAUGCCAGCCCGGCUCUUCUUCGACAACCUGGGCGCCAUCUUGAUGUACGCUGUGGUGGGCACCCUGUGGAAUGCCUUCUGCACAGGGUUCUGCCUGUACGGGAUGAAGUUGGCUGGGGUUAUUGACCAAAAGGUUGAGGGUGGCUUGAUGGAGUUCCUGCUCUUCGGGGCACUGAUCUCAGCCGUGGAUCCCGUAGCUGUGCUGGCCGUAUUCGAGGAGGUGCACGUGAACGAGACCCUAUUCAUCAUCGUGUUCGGAGAGUCACUGCUCAAUGAUGCAGUCACCGUGGUGUUGUAUAAAGUUUAUAUCUCAUUUGUGGCGGUGGGCCCUGGGAAUGUUCUAACUGCAGACUAUUUCAAAGGAGUAGCCUCUUUCCUCAUCGUUAGCAUCGGUGGCACGCUGGUGGGCCUGAUCUUUGCCGUCAUCCUCGCCUUCACCACACGCUUCACUAAGAAAGUGCGCAUCAUUGAGCCGCUGUUUGUCUUCCUGCUGGUGUAUCUGGCCUACCUGACUGCCGAGCUCUUCUCCCUGUCUGCCAUCCUGUCGCUGACAUUCUGUGGCAUUGGCUGCAACAAGUAUGUGGAGGCAAAUAUCUCUCAGAAGUCCAGGACUACUGUGAAGUACACCAUGAAGACUCUGGCCAGCAUUGCAGAGACCAUCAUCUUCAUCUUCCUGGGGAUUUCUGCUGUUGACAAGUCCAAGUGGGCCUGGGACACUGGCCUGGUGUCCUGCACCCUGAUCUUCAUCUUUGUGUUCAGAGCCAUGGGGGUUGUGGGGCAAACAUGGUUCCUGAACUGGUUCAGACUGGUUCCUCUGGACAAGAUCGACCAGGUGGUGAUGUCGUACGGUGGCCUGAGAGGUGCAGUUGCUUUCGCCUUGGUGGUGCUUCUGGAUGAAAACCAUGUGAAGGGCAAAGACUACUUUGUCGCAACAACUAUAGUUGUGGUUUUCUUCACAGUAAUGUUUCAGGGACUGACCAUCAAACCCCUGGUGGGGUGGCUGAAAGUACCACGGGGCACGAAGAGGAAGCCCACCAUCAACGAGGAGAUCUACGAGCGAGCAUUUGACCACAUCCUGACGGCAGUGGAGGACAUCGCCGGCCUCAACGGAUACCACCACUGGAGAGACAAGUGGGAGCAAUUUGACAAGAACUACUUGAGCAAGCUCCUGAUGCGCAAGUCUGUGUACCGCAAGAGUGAGCUGUGGGAGGCCUAUCAGAAGAUCAACAUCAGGGAUGCCAUCAGUGUUAUUGACCAGGGUGGUAAUGUGCUGACGUCUGCUAGGCUUUCCCUCCCGUCCAUGGCCAGUAGGACAUCCUUCCCAGAGGCCACCAAUGUCACAAACUACCUGCGUGAGAAUGGCAGUGGCGUGUGUCUGGACCUCCAGGGGAUAGACACGCUGCCCAGUGCCAAAGUGGAGGAGGAGACGGAGACACACCAUGUUCUGGCCGGCAACCUUUACAAGCCUCGGAGACGAUACCACCAGGCCCAUUACAGUCGACACUUCAUGACAGUGGGUGACCAGGAGAGGCAGGACCGAGAGGUCUUCCAGAGGAACAUGCGCAGCCGUCUGGAGUCCUUCAAGUCCACUCGCUACAAGCGCCACAAGAAAGACCGCAGCCAGAAAAAGCGCAGAGGUUCCGAUGUGAAAGAGAGAGACCAGGAGGCUAAUGACAAACCCAGACGCAAUGUCAGCUGGCAAGACAAAGACCCAGUGGCUGUGCCAAUUGAACCAGAGGAGAGUAAGGGUGAGCACUCUGAACCUGAGAAGGAGGAGGACAUGGGAAUCACUUUUGUAGCUCGAAAGGCCCCCGAGACUCCAAAGGAGAGACCCAAAUCAGUCCCUGCUGCACUGGAGGGGUGCCAGAGUCCUUCCGCUGUCCCUCCGUCUCCCACCUGUGCUGAGAGGAACCUGCCCUGGAAGAGUGGGUUGGGCACCUCACCCGUCUGUGUCUCCAUGGAGGCCACCAAGAUCAUCCCCAUAGACCUCCAGCAGGCCUGGAACCAAAGCAUGUCCUCCCUUGAAAGCCUGUCAUCCCCGCCGGUCCUUGCUGAGCCGCUGCACCCACGUGUCAGCGCCCUCUCCAGGCUGGGAGGUCCCAUACGCCCGCUGUCCAGUUUGAUGCCCACAACGGGGAUCAGUGCUGGGGAAAGCUCUACUCCUGUUCCUAACCCGGCCACGGGCGAGUUCCGGUUCCCGGCAGGAGAGGAGGAGGAGAGCGCCCUCUCCCACCAGCAGCAGGAGAUGCAGCCCCUCAUGUCGUCUGUACGGCCACCCCCUACACCCCCGCCUCCUCCUGCACAGGGCUCGGCCCGCAGGAGGAACCCCUGCGUGUAUCUGAGGAAUCUGGUGACAACGCCACCAGGCAAUGAGCCUUACAGUAGAGGGCCAACACAGCUGUAAGGGCCUCUGUCAAUAGCAUAUAUGUUCUCUUACCAGCUGUCACCCUACUCAUGUUGUAUUAUGUUGCUCAUCUAAGGGUGUUCUUAACAGCCUUAGUUGGUGACUCACAACAAAGGUUAACUUUCUUUUUUAUAUAUAUAUUAAUGAUAUGCUUCAGAUAGAAAUUUAAAUAGUGUUUUUAAAACACAGGGCAUUGCUGAAUGUGAAGGAGCUUAUGUUUGAGUAUAGCUUUAAACAUGUGUUAGUCUGACAGUACUUUAGAAAUACGCUGAGUGGUAUCCAAUGGAGUCCUAGAGUGGACAGGGCAAUUCAUUCAUCAUGGAAACAUUGGUCAAAUUUCCAUGAUUUCAGACAGUGCCAUGUUUUAUGUACUAAGAUAUCCUUGUCAGUCUAUGUCAGCAUGUAACACCACUGAAAAACGUCUAGACCCUAUUAGGAAUGCCUUACAGGGUGUUAACAAUAGCUUAAUUUACACUCUCCUAUCCCACAGAGAAAUGCACAAAAGCGAUGCUGGCAGAAAUAACUAAAUGGCAACGCUACACUGCUUAACUUUAGUCUUGAUAUUGGCAUGCCCAUCCAAAAAGUGAAAGACUACAAGGAUUCAGGCCAGCCAACCCUCACUGUGAAGCCCAAAUUCUUGGGAUGAAAGCACAGGCGAGUCUCUUUUCUUUGCCCGGAGAUUGAGAGGGAGCAGUGACACCACGUGACUUGUGCUGCAGGGUAGCCACAGCGGGCCCACGUCUUUCAGCUCUCAUGAGGCACAAUGCCGGCCAGCGCAGUGAAGCCUCACGAGCCGCUCACUUCCUAUCUGCGGCGAUAAAUCUUUAGGAUAUGAAUUGAAAGGAGACAGUAUUACCAAAGCUGCACAACCUCUCAAAGUCAGGCCAGAAAACUGACAGCAUAUUUAUUACAGUAGUUAUUUUGAGGGGUGUCUGUUUUUCUCAUCACUCACAGUUAUGACACACACUGGAUAAAUCAAUUAGUUCCUCUCUUUCACUAGCUUGAAAGUUGCACUUUAAAUCAAUUCAGUUUGUGCUUUGCGUAUCAGUUUUAUUUCAAAUGUGUUAAACAAGCACAGCCUCAUUUCAAAGUAUAAAAGUACCUGUUUAUUUUGCUUUGCUGUUUUCCUCUCUCGUGCCUGCUGGGGAAGAUGUUUUUUUUUUUGCACAGCUGACACAAAAAAUGUAAAAUGGACAAAGAAUUGUUUGAAUGACCAAAGUGUCGGGGAAAAAACAAAACAAAUUUCUCGUGUGCCAUUUCUCACUGUCUUAUUCAAUUGUCUUUGUGUGUGUGUGUUUAGAAGGAUAUAUAUCAUGUCAUGACUUUUAGUUGAUGUUAAUUAGCUUUUGGGGAUGGAACAAUGUUUUGUGCCUAUAAUCGGUGUGCAAUCAGUUUAAGAUCAACCAAUUGAAUAGACACAUUUUCAGUUCUGUUGUGACUGCUGUUAUAGGUGCCCAUAGCACAUAUAUAUCAAAGACCCUUUAAAUAUACACCUGGCAAUGCUAUGAGACAUUACAGUGUUUUGCAAAAUUCAAGUAAAGUUAUACCGAAAACCAGCUAAAUUAAAUUGUAUUCAGUGUACAAAAUGGUGUGAAACAUAUUGACGCUGAAAUGAAAAGAAAUUAAAUCGAUUUUUUUAUCAGAGCAAAUUAAACAAAAUUCAGAUCGUUUCAGCAUACUCAUUCAAGGUUUUUCAAAUAUUGUGCAAUCUGUGGAACCCUUUAUACCACAGGCCCCAGUUCUUGUCUUUGUACUGUGAGUAAAUAUUCCUUUGUAAGAGCCUUCAGGCUUGUAGCCAUAAUCAACAUCGUUUAAGUAUGCCAACAAAGAUGCUUAAUCUCCGCCAAGCAUGUGAAAUAUAUAUGAACUGUAAGAGAAUGUGUGGUGCUGGAGCCUUUUUUAAAGGGAGGAAAAGCUUAAUAGAGAAGAAGAGGUCUUGUUAAUAUUUGCUGGGGCUGACACAACACACAGCAGCUCAGCAUUAUGCUAUUUGCAUAAUGAGAAUGGUAAAUUUGUCAAGUGAACCCAGAGAAUGUUUUUAUUAACUUCCAAAUUGUUUAGGAUGGCCAUUGGCCAUAUACCCUAUCUGACUGUUUUGAGUUAGCUUUUUAAUUGUUUUACCGAAAUGAAAUGAAGGAUUCAUUGUAACAUGGAAACACUGGUUGAUGUCCUGGAAGAAAAUAAAUAAAAAAGUGUCUAAAUUAA